GAGGAACGAUAUCGUAAAAAGUCAUUUGUGCAUUUUGAUUGUCAAAGUGUUGGUGUUAAUAUUGCGGAAGUGAUCAAAACUAAAAAUUAUUCUGGAAUUGUGAAAAAUACUUCAACAGGUGCGUCUGCAGCGUCAGUGAAUCGUAAUAGUAUUGUUGGUGAUAAAGAUGAUCCUGAUAUAAUCGCAGGAACCGAUGACGGAGAUCGUAAAAGUAAUUGUAUGGUGCUAAGUUGUCCAUUUUUUCGAAACGAAAUCGGUGGUGAAGAGGAACGUGUGAUAGGAUUUACACAAACUAAUACUCGUAGAAAUCAGGGUAGUAAUGAUUCAUUGGAUCAAUCUCAUAACAGUGAUUAUCAUAGACCUCCCACUUGUUGUGGUGUAGCAAUAUUAGACUCUACACCUUCUCCGGCAGGACAAAUAUUACCUCCCCUUGUUUCUCAUCGAGGUCAUGUGAUAGAAUAUGUUGAUCAUGGAUGUAGUUAUUAUAGACAUUAUUUCUAUGGCUAUGAUCAUCAGAAUUUUUUUGGUUGUGAUGAUAAUUUGGGACCAAUAGCUGUGAGUAUAAGGAGAGAGAAACUAGAUGCUGAUGAAAGAGCCAAUAAUCUGGGUAAAGCUGAUUAUGGACAGUAUCAUUACCGUAUUAUUUGUAGAACAAGUGAGUUAACAACAUUACGUGGUGCUGUAUUAGAAGAUGCUAUACCCUCCUCCAGUAGAUUGAGUAGUUCUAGAGGUGUACCUAUGAAAGAAGUUUUAGAAUAUGUUUUACCAGAAGUUCAGUUAUCAUGUUUACGCCAAGCUACACCUGGUGCCAAAACAAGUGAACAGUUAUUAAAACUUGAUGAACAAGGGUUAAGUACAACAUAUAAAAUAGGUAUCAUGUACUGUAAGAAGGGCCAGUGUACAGAAGAAGAAAUGUAUAAUAAUGAACAUGGUAGUCCAGCAUUUGAAGAGUUUUUAAAUUUAAUUGGUCAGAAGAUAAGAUUAAAAGGUUUUGAUAAAUAUAGAGGUGGUUUGGAUUGUAAAACUGAUUCAACUGGUACAAAUUCCUUCUAUACAACAUUUGAUAAUAGUGAAAUUAUGUUCCAUAUCUCUACUAUGUUACCUUUUACAUCUAAUAAUAUUCAACAGUUAUUUAGAAAACGUCAUAUUGGUAAUGAUAUUGUAACUAUAAUAUUUCAAGAACCCGGUUCUCUACCAUUUACUCCUAAAACAGUUCGUUCUCAGUUUCAACAUGUAUUUAUUAUUAUUCGUGUUACCAACCCUAAUACUGAGGGUGUUCUCUACAGUAUGUCAGUAACUAGAUCGAAGGAUGUUCCACCAUUUGGUCCACCAAUACCAGAAAAACCUUUUACUAAAUCACCUGAAUUUGUUGAUUUUCUACUUGCCAAAUUGAUCAAUGCAGAAAAUGCAGCUCACAGAUCUGAGAAGUUCCGAGCCAUGGCCACAAGAACAAGACAAGAAUAUUUAAAAGAUUUAGCUGUCAAUCAUGUUAGUUCUACACCAUUAGAUAACAGUAAAUUUGCAUUAGGAAGUGGUCGUAAAAAGGAAAGAACUAAACAGAAAGUGGUGCCAGAUCUAUUUGCUAAAGGUUGUGUAGUAUGGAAUAUACAGGUAGAAGAUGUGGGUACAGCAUCACAAGUAGAGAGUUAUUUAGCUAUAGCCAGUAAUACUAUAGUAGUUAUAGAAGACUCUAGUAAAGAUGUUAUAUUUACUGUUUCUUGUAGUAGUAUUAUAGGAUGGACUACACAAACUAAAAGUGUAAGAUUGUUCUAUGGACAAGGUGAAUAUAUUGUAUUUAAAGUGAGUUCUGGUGAUCAAGAUGAAAUGAGUGAAAUAAUGAGUAGAUUGGGUGCUGUUACCCAGGGCUGUGAGACGUCAGAAAUGACAUUAAAAAGAAAUGGACUGGGUCAGUUAGGUUUUCAUAUUCAAACAGAGGGCAUUGUAACAGAUGUUGAAGCAUAUGGUUUUGCAUGGGAAGCAGGAUUGAGGAAAGGAAGUCGAUUGAUUGAAAUCUGUAAAGUUUCAAUAGCCUCACUGUCUCAUGAUCAAACUGUAGAUAUUUUACGAACAUCAUCUACUGUUAAAGUU